UUCCCAUUUAUUUUACGGCAGUUUCUGGUUCUGCCAAAAAGAGUGUGCAUUUCUUCACUCCUAAUAUAACACACACACACUCUUCCCCUGCUUCCUCUAAAUCCAACACAAACCCACGCCACAACUACUCCAAGUUCUUCAUUUUUACCCUUCUUUUUUUGGAAAAUUCACCUACUCAAUACCCACCGAUUCAAACAAAACCAAGAAAAAAAAAACAAUGAAAAGAGCAGUAAAGCUAGAGUCUUUAGUAUCUGUGAGCAGACUCACAUUGAUUCAAACCUUACUGGCUCUUAUUCUGUUUUAUUUCCUCUUCAUUACCCUCGAAAUUCCUCUGGUUUUCAAGUCCACCGCCUAUUUUUCCGGCUCCGUCUCCGACAACGACGCCGUUUUGUCCAGACCCUUAUUGCCAGGAACUCGGGUCAUGACUCGGUCUCCCGGAAGACAAAUGCGAGAGACUAAUAAACUCUCGGGUUUGUUUUUUAAUGAAACAAUUUUCGACGCAAUUAAUGAUUCUACAGAUGAGUUCUCUGUUCUGCAUAAAGCUGCUAAAGAGGCUUGGCUAGCCGGUAAAAAGCUAUGGGAGGAAUUAUUACAGUCGGGUAAAAUAACCCAACUCAACGAAAACUCCACCGACAGUGUGAAUCAGACCGAGAAGUGCCCGGUUUCGAUGUUUUUGUCCGGGAGGGAGUUUUAUGGUAAGAAUAGGAUCAUGGAGAUACCAUGUGGGAUGACAUUGGGGUCCCAUAUAACUGUCGUGGCUAAUCCGAGAUGGGCCCACUCCGAGAAGGACCCGAAAAUCGCCCUGUUGAGGGAGGGGGAGGAGGAGCUGAUGGUGUCUCAGUUUAUGUUGGAGUUGCAGGGGUUGAAAGUUGUGGAUGGAGAGGACCCGCCGCGGAUUCUUCAUUUGAAUCCGAGGUUGAAGGGUGAUUGGAGUGGGAGACCUGUGAUUGAGCAGAAUACUUGUUAUAGGAUGCAAUGGGGUAAUGCUUUGAGGUGCGAAGGCUGGAGUUCGAGAGCUGAUGAGGAGACUGUUGAUGGACAGGUGAAAUGUGAGAAAUGGCUUCGUGACGAUGAUGGUAACUUGGAAGAGUCGAAAGCGACAUGGUGGCUGAACAGAUUGAUUGGCCGGAAGAAGAAGAUUUCAUACACUUGGCCCUUCCCUUUUGCUGAGGGGAAAAUAUUUGUUCUUACCAUCAGUGCUGGCUUGGAAGGUUAUCAUAUUACCGUUGACGGGAGGCAUGUUACUUCUUUUCCGUACCGAACUGGAUUUGUUCUAGAGGAUGCUACUGGAUUGUAUUUGAAUGGGGAUAUUGACGUCCAUUCUGUUUUUGCUGCUUCGUUGCCUUCCUCACAUCCAAGUUUUGCACCACAGCAGCACCUUGAGAUGUUUAAAAAGUGGCAAGCGCCACAGAUGCUUGAUGAGAAAGUGGAGCUCUUCAUUGGCAUCCUUUCCGCUGGCAACCAUUUCGCUGAGCGAAUGGCUGCAAGGAAAACCUGGAUGCAGCAUAAAUUGAUAAGAUCUUCUAAAGUUGUUGCUCGAUUUUUUGUAGCACUGAAUGGAAGAAAGGAAAUAAAUUUUGAGCUUAAGAAAGAAGCAGAUUAUUUUGGUGACAUCGUUAUUGUUCCGUACAUGGAUAACUACGAUUUGGUUGUAUUGAAGACUGUUGCAAUCUGUGAAUAUGGGGUCAGCGUUGUGGCUGCAAAUUACAUUAUGAAGUGUGAUGAUGACACUUUUGUGAGGGUGGAUUCUGUGAUUGAUGAAGCAAAGAAGGUGCCAAGUGAUAGUAGCUUAUACAUUGGCAAUAUUAACUACUAUCACAAGCCUUUGCGUUCUGGUAAAUGGGCUGUGACAUUUGAGGAAUGGCCAGAAGAAGAAUACCCACCCUAUGCAAACGGUCCUGGUUAUAUUGUCUCAUCUGACAUUGCAAGUUAUAUUGUGAUUGAGUUCCAAAAUCAUAAAUUGAGAUUGUUUAAGAUGGAAGAUGUGAGCAUGGGGAUGUGGGUGGAAAAAUUUAACAGCACGAAGCCAGUAGAGUAUGUACAUAGCUUGAUGUUUUGCCAGUAUGGAUGUGUGGAAGAUUAUUACACUGCUCAUUAUCAAUCUCCAAGGCAGAUGAUAUGCCUAUGGGACAAAUUACAACAAGGAAAUCCCCAGUGCUGCAAUAUGAGAUGACCUGUGUACAAAGACCCCAAGAGGGUCAAGAAAGUGCAAAAGUAUAGAAGUUUUGAAGUCAUAGUAAAAUCUCUGUACAUAUUCAGAGCGAUUUAUUAAAUACCGGGUUUCUGAUCAUGCUCGCAUAUGCCCUAUUAUGCGGUGUUUUUCCCUGUUUCAUAUAGUCAACAAUUUCCCCUCGUUGCUGUAGCAAGCAACAACGAUGAUGGAGGGGAUAUCAUUAUACAAGUUGUGAAAGAAGGUUUAAAACUCGGAAGCAGGUUCGUUUUGUCCAGUGGCUAGCAUAAAGUAUAGUAUCAGUGUUAGUACAAGUCUCAUGUUCAUAUAAAAAUGCUGCCAAAUUUGGUAUCUGUGCAGCUUACUAAUAAAGAAGAUGCUCUUUGUUUA